CGGGCUCCUCCACCGGCAAAGUGGAAAAAGAGGCGUUUCACAACCGAGUCGUCUUCUGGGGCUGGGGGACCGCUGUGGAUUAUAACUGUUUUCUUCUGCCCCAAACUGUGCGCCCUUGGAUGAAAGGAGAUCUGCAAGUGGCCUGGUGUUCAAGGCUCUAGAAAGUUCCGAGGCUUGUGACUUGCAUUAUUUUAAAGAAGCUGAAACGAUAAAAGAGGAGCAGAGAUCUUCUGUUUUUGAGGACUUGGUUCUACAGAGAAUGUACUGCACCCAUUGAUGUGGAGGUUUGGUGAGGGACACCCGGCUGGCUGGAAAGGAAACGGGAAGAUCAGAGCUAGGAGAAGAUUACCAAGCUUUGGCCUGCUCUGCCCCUCUGCUGGCCUUGACUUCUCAUGUUUGGUUAAUUAGUCUCACUGUGUCCCUAAUCUCUGAUUUCCCUCGGUACUGCCCUAAUGGUGGCAAUAAGCAGAGAAGGCAAGGCAUCAUCAUCCCAACCAAGAGUAACUGGCUCCAGUUCCAGCAUCAUCUUCUGAAAUGACCAUGGUUCCCAGAAUGCCCUUCGUGCUGCUCCUGUUGCUGCCUAUCUUGAAUUCUGCAAAAGCUCAGGUUAACCCAGCCAUAUGUCGCUAUCCUCUGGGCAUGUCAGGGGGCCACAUUCCUGAUGAGGAUAUCACAGCUUCCAGUCAGUGGUCAGAGUCCACAGCUGCCAAAUAUGGAAGGCUGGACUCAGAAGAAGGAGAUGGAGCCUGGUGUCCUGAGAUUCCAGUGGAGCCUGAUGACUUGAAGGAAUUUCUGCAGAUCGACUUGCAUACCCUACACUUCAUCACACUUGUGGGGACCCAGGGGCGCCAUGCAGGAGGUCAUGGCAUUGAGUUUGCACCCAUGUACAAGAUCAAUUACAGUCGUGAUGGAACUCGCUGGAUCUCUUGGCGGAACCGGCAUGGGAAGCAGGUGCUGGAUGGAAACAGUAACCCUUAUGACAUUUUCCUCAAGGACUUGGAGCCACCCAUUGUGGCUAGAUUUGUUCGCUUCAUUCCAGUCACGGACCACUCCAUGAAUGUGUGCAUGAGGGUGGAGCUCUAUGGCUGUGCCUGGUUAGAUGGCUUGGUGUCUUACAGUGCUCCUGCUGGCCAGCAGUUUGUACUCCCUGGAGGCUCCAUCAUUUAUCUGAACGACUCUAUCUAUGAUGGAGCCGUUGGGUACAGCAUGACGGAAGGGCUGGGCCAGUUGACUGAUGGGGUUUCAGGCCUGGAUGAUUUCACCCAGACCCAUGAAUACCACGUGUGGCCGGGCUAUGACUACGUGGGUUGGCGGAAUGAGAGCGCUGCCAGUGGCUACAUCGAGAUCAUGUUCGAAUUUGACCGAAUCAGGAAUUUCACUACUAUGAAGGUCCACUGCAACAACAUGUUUGCCAAAGGUGUGAAGAUCUUUAAGGAGGUACAGUGUUACUUCCGCUCUGAAGGCAACGAGUGGGAACCUAAUGCCAUCUCCUUCCCCCUUGUCCUGGAUGAUGUCAAUCCCAGCGCUCGAUUUGUCACGGUGCCUCUCCACCACCGAAUGGCCAGUGCCAUCAAAUGUCAAUACCAUUUUGCUGACACCUGGAUGAUGUUCAGCGAGAUCACCUUCCAGUCAGAUGCUGCAAUGUAUAACAACUCUGGAGCCCUGCCCACCUCACCUAUGGCACCCACAACCUAUGAUCCCAUGCUCAAGGUUGAUGACAGCAACACUCGGAUUCUGAUUGGCUGCUUGGUGGCCAUCAUCUUCAUCCUCCUGGCCAUCAUUGUCAUCAUCCUAUGGAGACAGUUCUGGCAAAAAAUGCUAGAGAAGGCUUCACGGCGGAUGCUGGAUGAUGAAAUGACAGUCAGCCUUUCUCUGCCCAGUGAGUCCAGCAUGUUCAAUAACAACCGUUCCUCAUCACCAAGUGAACAGGAAUCCAACUCCACCUAUGAUCGCAUCUUCCCCCUUCGCCCUGACUACCAGGAGCCAUCCAGACUGAUAAGAAAGCUCCCAGAAUUUGCUCCAGGGGAGGAGGAGUCAGGCUGCAGUGGUGCUGUGAAGCCAGUCCAACCCAGUGGGCCUGAGGGGGUGCCCCACUACGCAGAGGCUGACAUCGUGAAUCUCCAGGGCGUGACAGGUGGCAACACCUACUCAGUGCCUGCUGUCACCAUGGACCUACUCUCAGGAAAAGAUGUGGCUGUGGAAGAGUUUCCCAGGAAACUCCUAACUUUCAAGGAGAAGCUGGGAGAAGGCCAGUUUGGCGAGGUUCAUCUCUGUGAAGUGGAGGGGAUGGAAAAAUUCAAAGACAAAGAUUUUGCCCUAGAUGUCAGUGCCAACCAGCCUGUGCUGGUGGCCGUGAAAAUGCUCCGAGCAGAUGCCAACAAGAAUGCCAGGAAUGAUUUUCUAAAGGAGAUAAAGAUCAUGUCCCGGCUCAAGGACCCAAACAUCAUUCGUCUCUUAGCUGUGUGUAUCACUGAUGACCCUCUCUGCAUGAUCACAGAAUACAUGGAGAAUGGAGAUCUCAAUCAGUUUCUUUCCCGCCAUGAGCCCCCCAGUUCUUGUUCUAGCAAUGCACCCACAGUCAGCUAUGCCAACCUGAAGUUUAUGGCUACCCAGAUUGCCUCUGGCAUGAAGUACCUUUCCUCUCUUAAUUUUGUCCACCGAGACCUGGCCACGCGCAACUGCUUAGUGGGUAAGAACUACACCAUCAAGAUAGCUGACUUUGGAAUGAGCAGAAACCUGUACAGUGGGGACUACUACCGGAUCCAGGGCCGGGCGGUGCUCCCCAUCCGCUGGAUGUCGUGGGAGAGCAUCUUGCUGGGAAAAUUCACCACAGCAAGUGAUGUAUGGGCCUUCGGGGUGACUCUGUGGGAAACUUUCACCUUUUGCCAGGAGCAGCCCUAUUCCCAGCUGUCAGAUGAGCAGGUUAUCGAGAAUACUGGAGAAUUCUUCCGAGACCAGGGGAGGCAGACUUACCUCCCUCAACCAGCCAUUUGCCCUGACUCUGUGUAUAAGCUGAUGCUCAGCUGCUGGAGAAGAGACACCAAGCACCGUCCAUCAUUUCAAGAAAUCCACCUUCUGCUCCUUCAACAAGGGGAUGACUGAUGCCAUCAGUGCCUAUGAAUGUUUCGCUGGCCCAGGUCCUCCCUACAACACCCACCACUUGCGCACACCUAAGCCACUCCAUCUGGACAUUUAAUGGACUUGAGAGACAGAGAGUCGUUGAUGUUGCCUCUCUCUGUCCUUUGCCUCCUCCACUACACCCCCUUCCCGACCACUGACUCAUAUAUACUUUUUUUUACACAAAAUAACUGAAAAAGAAAAAAAAAAUCCUAGAGCAUAUUAAAAUCUAGUAAAAGACAUCUUGAUAUGCCAAAGUGUUAGAUAAGAAAGGGUAGAAAAUUCAGAUAAUUUAUAAAGGUUAUGCUUGUGUUUAUAGAUGUGCAGAUUCUAUAAUAUUUUUCCAUGUUUCUUUCUGUAAAAUUCCUUUGGAAAGGAAAACUUGAAGAAUAUUAAUGUCUUGAGAUUGGAAUUAGAGAAAAUAUUUGGUUGCCACAAAGAAUCUGAGAAGUCGGCAUUCUGUAAGUAACGACAGGCGGCUUUCUGAUUGUGUACAUGCCCCACUCUCCAAUUUCUCUCUCUUGUCAAAGUGAAAAAUAGACAUUAUGUUAUUGAAAAGCCCUCAUUUUGUGGCAUGAAGAGUUUCUUCAUUAAUGGACAGAGAUCUGGGUUGAAGCUUAUCUAUGAAACAAUGGCAAUGUGAGUUGUAAAAGAAUGUGUGUGGAAAGGCUAUGUGAAGGGGAACUCUUGCACAGAAGAAUUCUUGAACAGAUGGUGGUCAUAGGAAAGGAUGUCUAUGGAGGACAAUAAUAGAGCUAUUAUUCAUUAUUCCCUUGUGACAACCCUCAUUUUUGUCUUGUUCAAACAUUUUCACAUGUGUUUUAGUGAUAGCCUGACUUUUUAAUCAGUAAAGAUGGUGUUUUGAUAUCUUAAUCAUAGUCCUUUGGCCUCCUCUUGUCCAAAUCUAUUUCUUUUAAUGGAUGAAGCCUUUGUGGUACCUGUGGGCUAGGGGCUGAAAUUUUCCAGCAUAAAUACCAAAAGCUGAGUGUAGCAUACAGUCGAUUCCUCCUGAGUGUCCACAGAAGAUUGGCUUAAGACCAGUGAGGGAAAGUUAGGGAAUCCUAUUCUUUAUUUGGGAAAAUAUGGCCUGAGUCAGAACAUGCAAGGAUGAAUGGAUUGACCCAGAGGUGGAGAGGCCUUCUUGCAGAAAAGUUUUAGGUAUAGGCUAAAGAAAGAGGCUUUUAAACAUGAGAUAUUUGGAUGCAUGAGAGAUAGUUAAUGUCGUUCUAACAGUACGAGUUCUUAUAUCUAGAGAAGCACAGGUCAACUCCACUGCUCGUGCUUGGGUGUUCUAGCCUGUAAGAUGCUGUGACCAGCAGAAACACAUGAGAUUCUGAUUUCAGAAUGCAUGGAAACUGAUACACUGACAGGUAGGAGUCUCCUAGGAGCAGAUUCUGAGAUUUCACACUCAUAGAAUGUCACAUUCAGUGGGAAACUGGAAAAGUAAAACCUUAAUUCCCAUGGAGGAAAAGUAAGAAUCAACAGAAUAAGCCUCCCAGGCUGAGAAAAGACUUGGUCUUGACCCUGGAUUCUGUGUCUGUUGUCUCCUUAGUCAACCUUCUCCACUGUCUCUUAGAAACUGGAAUAUUUCCUGCGCAGCCUUCAGCCUUGUUCUUAAAUGACACAAGUAUAACUCUAAUGUCCAUCAGAUUCAUUUUGUAGGUUCUCUUCUGAUCUUAGCAAAGACCCUUUCCCCAUGGUUUUGCUAUGUCUCUGGGCUUUAGUCUUUCCCAAGACUAACUUUUGGAUCAUUGAUGUGGGGAAUCUUACCCUCUUUCUGCCUCAAACCAAGUGUGCCAUCUUGAGCAAGUCACUUUGUCUUGCUAUAUUUUGAUUCCUUAUCUGUAAAACAAGGAAACUGAAUAAGAUACUCUCGCAAUGAUGUCUAGUUUGGAUACGUUCAGUGCUUGCUGGAGAAGUAGAUUUUACUUGAUGUAGGUUCAGUGUAUCUCCUGCUCUGAUGAUUGUGCUCAGUAAAAGAGGUCAUGGAGAAGUCAGUACAGUAGUAGUCAUAAUAGCAGCACCUGCAUUGGCAUCUGCUUUGGGUUACCAAAUGUUUCCACACAAUUAUCUCAUUUGGUACAUGCACAGCCAGACAUAUUUCUUUCACAUCUCUCCAUGUAGUCAUGUAGUACUCUUUUAGGAUCCUGCCCUAAUUCACUAUAUUCCAUGAUCACCCAUUUAAAAAUAAUGUUUAAAAAGCAAAGUUGAAUUUCUAGAUUUCCCUGACCUUAUGCUUUCAGGUGGCUACCAAGAACAUGUUACAAUGUACAGGCAUCUUUUUAUGUAUGAAGGAAGCUUUACUUUCUGGCAGUGAGACCUGUGUGUCAUAUGCACAAGUUUAACUUCCAUUCACAUCUGAGACUGUAGUAGCAUGAAUAAGAAUGACCAGAGAAGAAGGCAAAGGCUUAGUACAUAGAAUUAAAAGGUAGCUCAAAUCUGAAUUAUAGGAAUGAAGCCAGAAUUUAUUUGAAAAGAAAGUAAGGACAAUGAUGAAUAUUCUUUGCAACAAAUUAUCCUUUCAUGAUAUGUGUGAUGUAUUUUAUGUUUUUAUUUUAUACUUUUAUUGGUUAAUGUAUUGAUAGCUAUGUUCAUUAUUUUUAAUGCUGGAGAUCAAAUACAGGGUUCAAACUUGCUAGGCAAGUCCUCGAACACUGUGCUAUAGCUGGAGUCUAGGUUCAGAUCUUGACCUGAUGACCAGACAAAUGUAUGAUCUGGAGUAGAAAGAAGUGCGUAGGGGAGCAUGCAUUUUUAAAUCUGUGGAAAGAUCAUGUGUGUGUUUGAGAAUAUGCAAAAAAGAUGGUUUUAUGCAAGUGGCAUAAAAAAGGUGGUUACAUGUGUGUGUAUGAGUGGAUAGGGAGGGUAGGGAGAAGUAGAAAGGAGUGUCCAAUAAGAGAGGCAACAAGAGAGCACAGGGAGACCCUGGGAGGACAGUUCAAGCAAGGUAGAAGCAGGGCUGGUUGGAGCUGAUGGAAUCCAUUCUGAUGCAUGAGAGCAAAUCUCUUCUGAAAGAGAUCUGAGAGAGGGUAGAAAAGUAAGUGACUUGAUGAUAAAAGUAUAGAGGAUGAAUGAAAAGUUCUGGAUGAUUCUGAUAGUAAGAUAUUGAUUUAAAUGAAAAUUUGGGUUCAUUACAGGAAACAGGUUUUUGUUUUUGUUUUUCAGAGUUAAGAAAGGGGAUGUUCUCCAUGGAUAAAAAUACGUGUUACCACCAGGGUGUGACCUAAUUUCUGAUGAAGUGGGUAUUGGGGACAGUUUGAUCCCUUGUGUGUUCUACACCACUAUGAGUGAUGGUGACAAGAAGCCAAUGCUUUGCCUGAGCUGGACUUGGCUUUCGAAGUACGGCUUUGGACAUGAAGGUCUGGGGAUCAGGAUGGUUUCCGAAUCUCUAGUUCCUUCCUUUGCAUUUGCUAGUGAAAUUCACUUUCAACAAUACCCAUCAUCGCUGGUCACAGCAAAUAUGGAAACAACAGGCAUAAGCUAGACAAACCUGAGUCCUGUCAGAUAGCCAUAUGGAGGGAUGUGACAUAUUGGAAACAUAUGUUUGUCUAGUCCCACCCAGGCAUCCCACAAGAAAGUUAUUAUGUAGGGCUAGGCCAUGUGUUUUAAGUAAAGGGGAACAGAAAGAAGGGAGUGUCUGAAUGAAGGGAAGAGAGGAAGAGGUUCCAAGGAAAUAUACUAAAACAGAACAGCAUCUGUUUUGUCCCAAACUACAAGAAAUAAGCAGUUAUAAUCUAUGAGUUUUAAGACUUUGAUCUAAGUUGAAUUCGUACACCUGGAAUUGGCCAUCAUUGUCUUCUCUUUGUCUUGAAGCUGAUGUUCUUGGACACUGCAGGAGAUAGGCCCCCAAUGUUUUUGCAAGAUGUAGAUCCUGGUCUACUCUGGGAAAUCCUUUUGAACUGAAAUUUUAUAUUAUAAAGGCAGAUGGAAGUCUUUGGCACUUGGUAAACUAUUUGGAGUGCUGACUGAAGAGAGAAAGAGACUGGCUGGUUUAGUGAUGAUGGGUUUCUGGCAGAUCCGAGUUCUCUGCUCCAAUUGACUAAGAAGACUGGGAACUGGUUAGUUCCUGCAUGCUUUCUGAAAAUUUGUUAUUUUGAAAUUAUUUAAGACUUGAAACAAGCAUUUUUUUUAAAGGGCUAGUACAGAAUGGCUUUGCCCUAAAUCUAGUUUUCUCCCAUUGAUAAUGUUCUUGCCGUUUUCAGCCAUAGAAAACAUAGAGUCAAUUUUGAAUUACUUUCAAAACCAGAAAAAUUGUCAUGAGUAUACAAAACUAUAGGAUUGUUUGGAAUUCUUCAGUGUUUCAGCGUAUACCCAUUUACUCCCUAGAUAUUUUUAACCCUUGCUGGUGUUUAACCUGGUCUUGCUUUCACAUAGCAGGGGAAACACUAUCUCGAUAUAAUUCUAAAAACUUUGGGAAAAGAACAAUAGUAAUCUGUUAAUUAAUCAGUGAAAAAUAUCCUGCCUAUCCUGCUUCUAAGUUUUGUAAUUAGCUUGUCUGUUUGGAAUCUGAAACAAUCCAAGACUGGGAGGAUUAAGUAAUAUGAAAAACAGUAACUAGUAACAUGUGAGCAGGCACAGAGGGAAAUUCUACACAGAUGAGUUUGAAUUGUGUUGGUGACAAUGAGAAGACUUUGGAGUAAGCCAUUAUUUUGGUUAAGAACUAGGUGGCACUUAAUGGAACCAGGGAUGAUUUAUGGAAGGAAUGAAAUAAAAUGGCAAAAUCCCUACUUUGUGAUAAACAUUAUCUAGCAUAUCAGAGAAUUUUCAUUUGCUUAAAUAUCUCUUCUUUAUUGUAGUAUUAACUGCUGGCACAAAAUUAAAUGCAAACCAAGGCAUGACCUGGGGAGAAGUUAAAACUCUGGUUUUGUGAAUUAUGACUUUGAGUGUUUGAUUGACAUUUUUCCAGCUGCCCUACUUAAGGUUUGCAAGAUAAUUAUGAAAUUCCUAGCAGAUUAACUGAACACCUGAUAAUACAUCUUGAAUUUUAUGUUAUAAUGAUGAUAGUAUGGAAUCACAAAUCUGUCACCUGGUAUGACAAAGAUGAAUUUGAGGCGAAGUGCUUUGCUAUAACAUUGACAGCUUAUUUUCAACUAAGACAAAUGUGCCCACACGUGUCCUGGGUGUCAUGUACAUCUGCAAGCUUCGGAAGGAUGACACCGACCUGUGGGAAUGCCUUUUUUUUUGAGGCAUUUAGGCAGCCAUCUGUGUAGUUUUAGUUCUCAGUAGGGCACUAGAUCAAAACCAGAGCAGACUCAGGCCCCAGAUCCAGCCCAUUUGAAACAAGCUAUUUAGUGUUUCUUAUAGAUGCCUUGUCAAUAACGUCAUAGGCCUCUCCAAGAGAAGACAACUAGCUCCCAGCUAGCUCAUCCACAACCACAAUUGCGCAUCAAGGGAGAAUUCCGCCAAAGGACCGAAGCAAGGCAUGAUGGGAAAAAGUCCUUACUGCUGGUGCAAGUGUGUUUUCUCAAUAAGAGGAUUGAAACAAGCUGAAAAUUUGGAAGAUGCCUGCAAACACAGCAGGAGUUUUAAUCUGUGCUAUAAAUUUCAGUAGUUCUUUCCUUUUAUGAUAUCACCUCCUGACUGGCUGUACGUACUUUGCUUCUGAGGACUGAGUUUCUGCAGCAAGACGGUGAACUCUUCUACAACGAGGAAAUAUCUGGGCUUUGUUCUUCAGGCUGUGGGAAUGAUGUGUCUUGUCAAGGGGUAAAUAGCAAAUAAAUUUAAUUUCUGCUUAAAACUACAAUAGUCACUCCAAAAUAGGAUACAUAAAAUUCUCUGUAUUAGAAAAAGAAACAUGAUGCCAAUUGUAUAUUUUCUUUUAUUUUAUUUAUUCUCUGUAAGUCUUUCAGAUGAUAACUUGUAAAUAACAAUGAUUAAAAAGUCAUGCUACUGA